UAUUGCUUUUUCUAACCGCCACUUCAUCACGCCAAGCAUAUGCUUCCUAAAUAUUCUUACCAUCGCAUCUUUUACUCCGAUCGAUCAAUAUAAUCCCCUCUUCCAUUUCUCAUCGUCUUCCCUCCAUAUUUUCGUGUUCAUUCGAUCGCUCGACGACGGAGAACACGAAAAAGUCCGAUGAAGUUCGGGAAGAGGCUGCAGCAGCAAAUCAGGGAGGCAUUGCCCGGCUGGCGCGACAAGUUCCUGUCCUACAAGGAGUUGAAGAAGCUGGUGCGGCUGAUAUCGGCGGCUCCGCCGUCAAUGCGCGGCGGAUCGCGGCCGGAGGCGGAGGCGGAGGCGGAGUUCGUCUGCUUGUUGAACACUGAGAUCGACAAGUUCAAUGCCUUCUUCGUGGAGCAGGAAGAGGAUUUCAUCAUCCGUCACAGGGAGAUGCAGCACAGGAUACAGCGAAUGAUUGAAAACUAUGGAGGCCUGUCUUCAUCGGAAACACAUUACAGAGAAGAAAUGGCGAAGAUCAGAAAGGACAUCGUCGACUUCCACGGCGAAAUGGUGCUGCUAAUGAACUACAGCAACAUAAACUACACAGGCCUAGCCAAGAUCCUCAAGAAAUACGACAAGAGAACCGGCGGGCUGCUCCGCCUGCCGUUCAUCCAGAAAGUUCUUCAGCAGCCGUUCUUCACCACCGAUCUAAUCUCCAAGCUGGUGAAGGAGUGCGAGGGCACCAUAGACGCCGUGUUCCCGGCCGCCGCCGCGGAAGAAAACGGCGGCGCUCGCGGCGGCGAGAGAGAGGCGAUCACGGUAGCCGGAGAAGGAAUUUUCAGGAACACGGUGGCGGCGCUCCUCACAAUGCAGGAAAUCAGAAAGGGAAGCUCGACUUACAGCCAUUUUUCGCUGCCGCCUCUUAGCCUGCCGGAGUCUGAUAUCAUCCACUCCUUGCAGCUGCCUUCCCCCAUUGCAAUUCCCUGAUGAUUGUUAUACUUAGAUCGCCAUGAUUAUAUUGCUCCUUUUAUAUUUCUUAUUAUAGUUAAGUACAAGUAAAGAAAAAGAUAUAGUUGAAUGGGAUAUUGGGAUUGCAUUGCAGCAAUCACGCACUCUCCCUGUUUGUUAAUGAAAUGAUGAUAUUUGUUUUUUUGUGGAGAAAUGGUAAAUUAUAGUGA